AUGUUGAAAAAAGGGGAAGAUCUUGAUUCUUUGACUUUUAUCUGUGUUCUCAAUUACUGUGAAAAUUUGGGGCUAAUGGAAGAAGGGUACUGCUAUUUGUACGAGUUCAUGGAACAGAAGUGUGUCAAACCUGUUUUAGUGCAUUAUUUGUGUAUCAUUAGUAUUCUAAUAAGGGUUGCACGAUUAAGAAAAGCUUUAAGUAUCAUUGCAUCGAUACCAUUGAAAUGGCAUGCAAGUGCUUUGGUUGGCUUGAUCAAUGGUUGUCAGGAACAUCAAAACUCCUCUCUGUUCAAACGAAUUGAAGAGUUGAUUCCUUAUGAUAUGACACUUAAGGUGAGUAAGUGCCUUAGAGUCAAAAAGUUCCAUCAGCUAUUGAAACUAACUACUCCAACAGAAGGCGGUGUGUACAUGUUGGAUAUAAAAAAUUGUUCAUGUGCAAUAGUUGUCGAUGUUUAA